UCCAGUCUUUUCUUUUCUUUUCUUUUUCUUUUUCUUUUUUUCUUUUCUUUUUUUCCCUUUUUUCCCUUCACUUUCCCCUGUUUCUUGGUUAAACAAAACCCUAGCUUUUCUUUCUAUCUCUACAUACACACUGUAUCUAUAAUCUAUCAUCAUCAUCUUCAAAAGAUGAUGCAACAACAACAGAGGAUAAGACAACAACAGGCCCUGAUGCAGCAAUCCCUCUAUCACCCUGGUCUCUUAACACAUCCUCAGAUAGAGCCGAUCUUGAGUGGAAAUUUACCUCCUGGAUUUGAUUCAACUACAUGUCGCAGUGUGUAUGUGGGAAACAUCCACCCUCAAGUCACAGAACCCCUACUUCAAGAAAUCUUUUCAAGCACUGGUGCUCUUGAAGGCUGCAAGCUCAUUAGGAAAGAUAAAUCAUCAUACGGGUUUGUCGAUUACUUUGAUCGGCGUUUUGCUGCUCUUGCUAUCGUCACCCUUAACGGAAGGCAUUUGUUUGGGCAGCCAAUUAAAGUUAAUUGGGCAUACGCCAGUAGCCAAAGAGAAGAUACCUCAGGCCACUUCAACAUAUUUGUAGGUGACCUUAGUCCUGAAGUUACUGACGCCACAUUGUUUUCUUGCUUCUCGGUGUACCCUACUUGCUCUGAUGCAAGAGUUAUGUGGGACCAGAAGACGGGCCGCUCUAGGGGAUUUGGAUUCGUUUCAUUUAGAAACCAACAGGAUGCCCAAAGUGCAAUUAAUGAUCUGAAUGGAAAAUGGCUCGGAAGUAGGCAAAUUCGAUGCAAUUGGGCGGCGAAGGGUGCCGCAUCGGAUGACAAACAGCGGUCAGAUACCAAAAGUGUUGUUGAAUUGACAAACGGAACUUCAGACGAUGGUCAAGAAAAGAUCAAUGAAGAUGCUCCGGAAAAUAAUCCUCAAUACACAACCGUUUAUGUUGGCAAUCUGGCUCCUGAGGUCACAUCAGGUGAUCUCCACUGUCAUUUCCAUGCUCUUGGUGCUGGUGUUAUCGAAGAUGUUAGAAUUCAACGAGACAAAGGUUUUGGUUUCAUAAGAUACAGCUCCCAUGAUGAGGCAGCACGCGCUAUACAGUUAGGAAACACCCGUUAUCUCUAUGGCAAACCACUUAAGUGUUCAUGGGGUAGCAAACCGACACCUCCAGGCAGCAGCUCAACUCCUCUACCACUGCCAAUUACCGGAAGUAAUCUCGGUUUUUCAGCUAUGGAUAUGGCAGCUUACGAAAGACAAAUGGCUCUUAGUAAAAUGGCUGGUAUGAUGCAUCAGCAGAUGGGCGGUGCCGCUAGCCAGGGAGCACUCUAUGAUGGUGGCUACCCAGGAAUUGCCGCCACGCAAGCCCCUAUGUACUAUCAGUAAGUCGCAGAGGCAUGUGUGGAUUGGGUCUGGUGGGAAGUAUAUCUAGAGCUAUCAAGAUAGAUAGGGUUCUCUUCUUUUCUUUUCUUUGCCAAUGUUUUAAGUUACUAUUGAUUGGAAUGCUUGGUUUCUUGUUAUUGUACAACUUUUUUUUGAGGAUGUAUAUGUAGCAUUACCAUGUGUACCUUGCCUUUACAAUUGUAAGUUCCUAUGAUGAGGGAAGUAUUGAUUUAUGAAAGGAUUAUGGAUCAAUAGA